AUGGAGCAGCGUUCGUCAUUUACCACCGAUGAAGGUUUCGACGUGAUUGAACACACCGAGGCCGAAGACAUGCUUCCACAGUCAACACAAGCGCACCAGCGCCAAGAUCGCCCCAUGGAGAAGGCCGGCCAAGACCAGCCCUUUGGGGCCAACCCAGCCCAGUUCCGGGCGUAUCAGAAUGCAUCGAGCAACGAUCGCUCUGAGAUGCGCCAACAUGAGGAUCAGGGCGGCUACCAACCCCCGGAGUCCUUUCAAAAGGCCGACGAUGGCCAAGCCAAGAUGAACCCCAGCAACCUCCGCCAAGGCGCCAACAAGGGUCCCGAGUACCACUUUGGGGACAACCCUUCCCAGUUCCGAGCCUACCAGAAUACCGACUCCAAGGGCCGUUCGGAAAUGCGCCUCAAGCACGAGGACAAUGACGAGGAGGCCGCCGCCCAGGCCGGUCAAUCUUACGCCACCACGGUCAAGGAAGGCGAUGCCAACCUUCACCCUGCCCACGCCCGCGCCGAGGCCAACGCCGCCCCCGAGCAUCACUUUGGUGACAACCCCGCACAAUUCCGUGCCUAUCAGAAUUCGGACUCACAGGGUCGCUCUCAGAUGCGGCAACACGAAUCGGAGGACGGUUACCACCCCGAUCACACGUACGCCAACGCAGCCAAGGAAGACCUUGACGACAAUGGCAAUGCCGCCCCUCAAGACGACGACCUUCACCCCCAACACUUGCGCGCCGCUUCCAAUUCGGCCUCGUCCCCCGAGCCGGCGCCUACCAACGACGCCGACGAGGGGCGCACCACCGCUUUGAAAAACAAGGCCGCGGCUGUGGGCCAGCAGGCCAAGGCCGCCGGCGCCAACGCCGCCGCGGCCAUCAAGGCGCAAUACCAAAAGGUGGCCGGCCACACCGAGAGCUCCGAAGCCGAGAAGCCCGCCGCCGAAGGCGAGGGCAAGAUGGCCAACAUUAAGGACAAGGUGGCCGGCGUUGCACAGCAAGCUCAGGCUGCUGGGGCGUCAGCCUCGGCAGCCAUCAAGCAACAGCUGACCAAAACCAAGGAGGGCCUUCAGGCAGCGCAUGAGCAAGCUCAGCAGGAGGCCAAGGCUGCGGCCGCCAAGGCUGAGACUGAGGGCAACGCCGAAGAGGAGGAAGGCGACGCUGAGCCCGAGGAAAUUGAGGGCGAGCCAUGGUGGUCGCGCCCCAUCAACUCACUCAACGUCUACCAGUCGUUUCAGAACGCCACGCACCCCACCGCCCAGUCCCUAUUGACCUGGGAGCGACCCGCGCAGAGCGGCAUUGCCUUGGGUGCGGCCGUUGCCAUGUGGUACUGCUUCCUCACUCAGCGCUUUAGCAUCAUUUACCUGGGCUGCUUUGCCGUGGAGAUGCUUUUGGGGGCUUCCAUCGUCGUCCACAUUGGGGCCGCGCUCUCGGACAAGCUCUUCAAAACCUCAGCCCAGCAAACCAUCAACAAGUUUGUCGACCCGUACUAUGAUCUGGUGCAGGCGUAUACCAUCGACUUGCUGCCGCGCCACCAAGCCAUUGUGCAGGCCAUGGCCAGCGCAGCUGAGGGGGGCAGCUAUGUCGUCUCGCGCGCGCGCACAUGGCUGCGCUGCGACAGCAUUAUCGACUCGAUCAUGGCCUUUUUCGGCCUCCGCAUUCUUGUCAACGUGCUGUCCGUCUUUUCCAUCCCCAUGCUUUUGCUGAUGACAGUCGUGUACGGUUUUUCCGUCCCCGUGCUCUUCAAGCACUUUGGUCGCCAGAUUGAUCAGGUGGUUUGCCCCGUCUUGGAAACGCUUGGCCCCCAGCCUUUUGUGCGCGUGCGUGAAGGUGUUGUGUGUGUGUGUGUGUGUGUGUGUGUGUGUGUGUGUGUCGUAUUCGCACGUGCGUUGUGCGUGGUGCGUUGA